UCUUUGCCAGAAAUAGUGGGCUAAGAGGGUGGUUUGUCUUCCCUAAGCUGAAUUAGAAUUUUCCCAUUUCUUCUUUUGUUCAUUCUCUCUCUCUUCUUUCUAUCCUGUUGUUUGUUGUUGUGUCUUCUGUGCAUUGACUGUUCUCCUUUUCUUAUAUUACUUUGUGUCUAAUUUUGGUUUUGUUUAUUUUUUUUAUUCGUUUUGGGUAUGUUUGAGAAGCUGUUUUGAGCGAAGGAAUAUCUGUUUUUUUUUUUUUUAUGGGGUUAUUUUCUCCAGAGCAGAGAGUGGAGAGAGAUCGAGCUUGUCCCGAAGAAGAAGAAACUAUGAUCUUAGAAUCUGACUGAAGGGUAGAGUUCUCUGACAUUUCUGCAGGGGGAUUGAGAUUUUGAGCUGGGAACCAUGUCUCAGACAAACUGGGAAGCCGAUAAAAUGUUGGAUGUGUAUAUCUAUGAUUAUCUAGUGAAAAGGAACUUACAGGCUUCAGCAAAAGCCUUUCAAGCCGAAGGGAAAGUGGCUUCAGAUCCUGUUGCUAUUGAUGCUCCUGGCGGUUUUCUUUUUGAAUGGUGGUCCGUGUUCUGGGAUAUCUUCAUUGCAAGGACAAAUGAGAAACACUCUGAAGUAGCUGCAUCUUACAUCGAGACCCAAUUAAUAAAGGCAAGGGAGCAGCAACAACAUCAGCAGCAACAGCACCAACCUCAACAACAACAGCAUCAACAACAGCAGCAGCAGCAACAACAGCAAAUGCAAAUGCAGCAGCUCUUAUUGCAGAGGCAUGCACAACAGCAACAACAGCAGCAGCAGCAACAACAGCAACAACAGCAACAGCAACAGCAGCAGCAACAGCAGCAGCAACAGCAGCGAAGAGAGGGUGCCCAUCUUCUUAAUGGUACUGCCAAUGGGCUUGUUGCCAAUGACACUCUUAUGCGACAGAACCCUGGAACUGCAAAUGCUUUGGCUACAAAAAUGUACGAGGAGAGAUUAAAACUGCCAAUUCAGAGAGAUCCUUUAGAUGAUGCAGCUCUGAAGCAAAGAUUUGGUGAUAAUGUGGGCCAGCUUCUGGAUCCAAACCACACCUCGAUGUUGAAGUCAGCUGCAGCAGCUGGCCAACCAUCUGGACAAGUCUUGCAUGGGACUGCUGGUGCCAUUCCAGGGACCCUUCAGCAAGUUCAAGCUCGGAAUCAGCAACUUCCUGGAUCUACACAGGAUAUAAAGAAUGAAAUGAAUCCAGUACUAAACCCCAGAGGUCCAGGUCCUGAUGGAUCAUUGAUUGGAGUUCCUGGAUCAAAUCAAGGUGGUAACAAUUUGACUCUGAAAGGAUGGCCACUCACUGGAAUUGAGCAGCUUCGUUCUGGGAUUCUUCAACAGCAAAAGCCAUUUAUACAGUCUCCUCAGCCUUUUCAUCAACUUCAGUUGUUGACACCGCAGCAGCAACAGCAACUCCUGCUUCAGGCACAGCAAAAUAUGAAUUCUCCUUCAUCCAAUGAAGUAGACAGCAGAAGGCUGAGGAUGCUUCUUAAUAAUCGAAAUUUAAAUCUUGGAAAGGAUGGCCAGUCCAAUUCUGUUGGUGAUGUAGUUCCGAAUGUUGGAUCACCAAUGCAAGCUGCAUGCCCAGUUUUACCCCGUGGGGAGACAGAGUUGCUAAUUAAGAAAAUAGCUCAGUUGCAGCAGCAGCAACAACAACAAACCAGCAAUCCACAGCAACCGCAACUUCAGCAACAUCCACUUUCUAGUCAGCAGUCUCAGAGUUCAAACCACCAUCUUCACCAACAAGACAAAAUGGGUGGUGCUGGAAGUGUCGCUGUAGAUGGUAGCAUGUCAAACUCCUUUCGAGGAAAUGAUCAGGCUUCGAAAAACCAGAGUGGGCGAAAGAGAAAGCAGCCUGUGUCAUCUUCUGGACCUGCCAAUAGUUCGGGAACUGCAAAUACAGCAGGACCCUCCCCAAGUUCUGCACCCUCAACACCCUCAACUCAUACCCCAGGAGAUGUGAUCUCAAUGCCUACUUUACCACACAGUGGUAGUUCUUCUAAGCCUUUGAUCAUGUUUGGGUCUGAUGGAUCUGGUACUCUAACAUCACCAUCAAAUCAGCUGUGGGAUGAUAAAGAUCUUGAAUUGCAGGCUGACAUGGACCGAUUUGUGGAGGACGGAUCUCUGGAUGAUAAUGUCGAAUCUUUUUUAUCUCAUGAUGAUACUGAUCCUAGAGACACAGUUGGCCGCUGUAUGGAUGUCAGUAAAGGCUUUGCAUUUAACGAAGUUGGUUAUAUUCGAGCAAGUACAAAUAAAGUUGUCUGCUGCCACUUUUCAUCAGAUGGAAAACUGCUUGCUAGUGGUGGGCAUGAUAAAAAGGCUGUAUUGUGGUACACAGAUACUUUAAAGCAAAAGAGUGCAUUGGAAGAACAUUCUUUGCUGAUAACUGAUGUUCGUUUCAGUCCAAGCAUGCCACGUCUAGCAACAUCUUCUUUUGACAAAACUGUCAGGGUUUGGGAUGCUGACAAUCCAGGUUAUUCUCUUCGUACUUUUACGGGGCAUUCUGCCUCUGUCAUGUCACUGGAUUUCCACCCAAAUAAAGAGGAUCUUAUCUGUUCUUGUGAUGGAGAUAGUGAGAUACGCUUCUGGAGUAUCAACAAUGGAAGUUGUGCUAGGGUAUUCAAGGGUGGCACAACACAGAUGCGAUUUCAACCACGUCUUGGGAGGUGUCUUGCAGCUGCAGCGGAAAAUGUUGUAUCUAUUCUUGAUGUGGAGACUCAAAUGAGCAGGCACUCGUUACAGGGACAUACAAAACCUGUCCAUUCUGUAUGUUGGGAUCCUUCUGGUGAAUUACUGGCUUCUGUGAGCGAGGACUCUGUCAGAGUAUGGACUUUUGGUUCUGGGAAUGAAGGGGAGUGUGUUCAUGAAUUGAGCUGCAAUGGGAACAAAUUCCAUUCUUGCGUUUUCCAUCCCUCCUAUCCUUCUUUAUUGGUGAUUGGUUGUUACCAGUCAUUGGAACUUUGGAACAUGGCUGAGAACAAAACAAUGACUAUGUCUGCACAUGAAGGGCUGAUUGCUGCCUUGGCAGUAUCAAAUGCGACUGGGUUGGUAGCAUCUGCUAGUCACGACAAGUAUGUCAAGCUCUGGAAGUGAUCGCUGUAUCAGUGCCAUCAUAGAGGGUGAAACUGUUGUCUUGUGUGUUCAUAGAUAUUAGCAAGUCUAACAUCUCUUUGUUAGUGGUUUGUUUUAAUUGCAGUCCAAUUGGUCUAGCAGGGGAAAAAGAGUUGCUAGGCCUUGUCAAUUUCUUCUUCGUUUUAUUCCCUUCCAUCUAACACGAGAAGAUGGCAUUGAUGCAACAGAUACUAACCUUGUUGCUGUUGUGGUAUUAGCUGGCUAUAUUUGUACAACCCAAGCUAGCGGAAUCCGUCUUUGAGUGCUUCCUUUCUGUCAACACAUGGAAGUCUUUACAUAAAACUUGAAUCAACUUGUAAAGUAUAUACUCUCGUUAAAGAAUGCGUCGAUUUUCAUAACCUUGCCUUCA